AUGUUGACCACGAAAAAGCAACGCAUACGCACUACGCAGUGGUGUGACAUAUUAAAGAAAAACGUUUGGUUAGCCCAGACCACCGGCCACCGACGCUUUGCAUGCGACGGUGGGCACAGGCGACCGGAAGCCAGGAUCAUUCGGUGGAUCCGUGGGCGAGUUGCAGGGAGCGGAGCCGCCGACAGAGGACAAUGUGCGGAUCGCAGCCGAAAAGACGAAAGCGCUAAAAUGCUGAAGGGGACGGAAAAAGCGGAAGGGAGAGAGGGAAAUCCGAAGGUCCUGGCAGAUGGUCCGGCGUUAUCGGAAAGAGGAAGUGGAGCGGUGAAACCGAAAGAGGGAGAGAGGAAGCCGAAGGUGGACGGGUAA